AUGAGUAACUCGUACAAGGUUUGGGCUAAAUGGACAGCUCCUGCACUUAACAGCUUGACGGUUGGCGGCAAUGGCAGCAGCUGUUUCGCUAUAGCUGACUGGGUCGUCGAGAUCUUGGGCACAAGCGAAGAAAACGCCGGAGACAUGGCAGUCAUACUAAACUUCCUGCAGUCCUUGAUUCCAAGAGAUUGGCCUCACAGUAACAAGACAGUCAUAUAUCACGAGCAAUUGAUGACAUGGUACUUCGGCGUCUGGCUCAAUGACACUUACUACGACCGAAAUCAAGACGCAAUUUGUGAGAGACUCCAGGUGCAAGGCGAUCCAGAUGUAUUAGGAAGAGGCAUGGUUGCCACGUACAUUAUUGGUAUGGAUCACAAGCGUCUACAUAACUUACUGUUUUUUAUUGACAUUUUGUCAACAACAUCAGCUGCCAGUCUCGCCACCUUGUACUUCACCAUCCUCACACUUGGUCAACUUCGCCUGCUUAAAGGCGAGCGCUCUAUUUUACAGAACCUGGGCUUUGGCAGGCUUGUGACAGUCUUUGAGGACUCACUGGAUGGCUUCCUGGAUGCCGCACUCGUUUUCGCUUCCGCAAUACUUGGCGCUACUAUCACUCGUUUUCAUCAUAUUUGGUAUCCUUCAGGCCCAGUGGAGGCAGACGACUUUUUGGUACUCCCUGCAAUAGCGUCUGUUGUUGCUGCUAUCCUCUCUGUAUUCAUAUGCUUGACGCUCCAGACAGUUGCAACAAGCAUAACGACGACUACAAUCAAGACAGCUCGAACAGCUACAACAACCCAGACAACGGCAAAACACCCGCAGUGGGGCGCACUCAGAUUGUUUCUGUGGACCUUUGUUAUCGUUCUCAGUUUCAUACUUGAAUCCAAAAGCAUCUCUGGUCUCACAGAUGGAGGUUUCGACACCAAUGGCAUUCCUAGUUCAAUAAAUUUGCCUGGCGAUGUGACUAACCGAGUUGAUCUUUGGCGCAAACACUGUGAUGACUUCAAUUUGGUUAUGUUACUCAAGAAAUUAAUCAAAAUUGGAUUCGGCUUGCAGGCUGUCAAUCUGAUAUGGUAUCUCAAGACGCUUUUUACGAUGGCAUUUACAAUUUACUCUCAUCAACGGCCAGUACCGAAAUGGGCCAGAUAUAUAUUCGAACGUCUCACCCCUUCCGAAAAUGCUUGGGAAACGAUAUCUUUAGGCUUACGAACGCUAAUGGGAACCAUAUGCGUGGUAGCGAUGUGGGUCUUGAUCGACUAUUUUAUGAAGUAUAGGCGUAGCUUUAGAGCCGCAGCAUCAGACUCGGAUAAGGAUUCCGAAUGGAGUUUCGGUCAAGUUCUCGCUUUGGCGCAAUGGGCCCCUACCAUCCUAACAUUUAUUGAUAUUUUACUACGUCGCUUGAAACAACCUUACCAGACUGUUCACGAGACUCGGGACGAAGAAAUGGAAUUAUUUACCGCGAGGACUUGA